CUUGUAGAUGAUGACAUGCUGAAGUGGUAAUUGCUUGGUGCUUGUGAUUGUGAUUGUUAUCAGAAUCGGUUAUGUGGAAUGCUAUAAUCAUAUGCUUUUUAAUCUUUGCAGAUUUUGUUCUUGCAGAUGAGCAUGAUCACAAGUACGAAGAUGGGGAAGAAGUAGUACUAUGGAUGAACACAGUGGGGCCCUAUCACAACCAACAAGAAACUUACAAGUACUUUUCCUUGCCCUUCUGCAAGGGGCCCAGACAGGGAAUAUCACAUUACCACGAAACUCUGGGAGAGAAUAUUUUAGGGGUCGAGUUAGCUUUCAGCGGACUUGAUAUUCAGUUCAAAAAGAAUGUAGCGAGUAAUGUGUACUGUAGGCAGCCCCUGACGAAAAAGGACCACAAAUUGUUGGUGUACGCUAUCAAGAACCACUACUGGUAUCAGAUGUAUCUUGAUGAUCUGCCCAUAUGGGCUAUUGUCGGAGAGAAGAAUGAGAAGGAGUAUACUGUUUGGACUCACAGGAAAAUUGAGAUUGCAUACAACGGUAACAGGAUUGUGGAUGUUUCUGUGACAACUGAGAAGAAAACUAUGGUCGCUGAGGGAACCACCCUGGAAAUGUCAUAUGAAGUCACAUGGACUGAAAGUAGUGUCGAGUUUAAGGAUAGAUACGAUAAAUACUUGGACGCGUCUUUCUUCAAACACAAGAUUCACUGGUUCUCUAUCUUCAACUCCUUCAUGAUGGUGAUAUUCCUGGUCGGUUUGGUGGCCAUGAUAUUGAUGAGAACGUUAAGGAAAGAUUACCAGAGGUACAGUAAAGAUGAUGAUUUGGACGAUAUUGAGAGAGAUUUGGGUGACGAGUAUGGAUGGAAACAGAUCCACGGUGACGUGUUCAGACCAAGCGCACACUCUCUCUUCUUCAGCACCCUGAUCGGCACUGGCUGUCAGCUCUCCUGUGCAGCACUCGUAAUCAUCCUCCUGGCUGUUACAGAGAAGUUGUGGACGGAGAGAGGUAGUAUCCUCUCUACUGCAAUAUUCGUGUACGCUGCUACCUCCCCCAUUAAUGGGUACACCGGCGGUGCACUUUAUUCUCAACUCGGAGGUCGCCGGUGGAUCAGACAGUCGUUAGUUGGAGCGAGUCUGUUUCCUGGUGUUGUGUGCUCAACUUCUUUCUUCAUCAACUUCAUUGCUAUCUCCUACCACAGUGCCAAAGCAAUCCCAUUCACCAGUAUGAUAGCGAUAGCGUCAAUCUGUCUAUUUAUAAUCCUGCCCCUGACGAUGGUGGGGGCGGUGUUUGGGAGGAACGUCUCCGGUACUCCUAAACCUCCCUGUAGAAUCAACCCUGUACCCAGGCAAAUUCCGGAGAAGAAGUGGUUUAUGGAGCCAAGUUUUAUUGGGUGCGCUGGAGGAAUCCUACCAUUUGGUUCAGUUUUCAUCGAAAUGUACUUUAUAUUCACAUCAUUUUGGGCGUACAAGAUUUACUAUGUAUACGGGUUUAUGUUGCUCGUUUAUCUCAUCUUGAUGGCUGUUACAAUCUGCAUUACCAUUGUCUGCAUCUACUUCCUUCUUAAUAGCGAGGAUUACCGAUGGCAGUGGACAAGUUUUCUCAGUGCAGCAUCUACUGGUUUCUACAUCUACCUCUACGCUAUCUACUAUUUCGUUUUCAAGACCAAAAUGUACGGUCUUUUCCAGACAGUCUUCUACUUCGCCAACAUGUUCGUUUUCAGUCUUGCUUUUGGUAUCAUGUGUGGAACAAUCGGAUAUCUAGCAUGCAGGAUAUUCAUUUACAAGAUCUAUGCCACGGUUAAAAUAGACUAGAAAGAAUUGGUAAACUACCCGAUAUCAGUACAAAGUUAUUUCCUAUAUAACCUUAUUUGGUAAUCCCCCCAUGAUACAUACGAGAGUCCACAAGUAUAGAGGAAAGAUGUAAGAACGACAGACUUAUUUUGAUUUUAUUCAAUCAAGGGAACUAUUUUGAGAAUUAAAUGAUGGUCAUAAUAUAUUUCCUUAUUAAUAAUAUAAAUAACAAUUACUUAACUGUCUUUCAUACACUGCUGGUUCUGUAAAAACAUUAUCAUGGUAUAAUUUUAUUUUUUGUGAAGCAUGCCAAUUUUACCUAAUUUUAAUAUUGUAGAAAAUAUGGUAAUUUCUCGAGGACAGUUAGGAAUUUCAACGGUAAAUGUUUUAUUUUGCUGUUGCAUGUUUUGUUUGCAUUUGCAAUAAACGUCAUUAUUUCAGUCAUAGAUUUGAAACAUGAUAAACAAGUUUCUUUCAAAAUAUGGUUAACUUUUGCUAAGCUCUGUUUGUAGAACUUAUUUAUUUUAGAUGAAGCUAAAUUUACGAUAGUUUUGAAUGAAAUAAUUGAUACGUUUAAAGGUAAUA